CUGACGUGUAUCUACUCAAUACACUCAAUAUUGAGAUUGAGUAAACAAAUUACUUAAAAUUACGCUGUUUUGAUAAUUUUCAUGUGAAAUAAUGACGGAAACAGAGCGACCCGACAAUAAUGUGCCAUCAGCGGAGAGAGAAGUGGACCUUGCUGCCACUGGCGAUCGUCCGGCUACAACGGAGAGAGAAGCGUAUUUUCAAGCCUUGAGAUUAUGGAUCCAGCAAGCGCAAAUGUAUCAGAAUUUGUCAUCAUGUUUCCCAUAUUACAUGAUGAGUUUGCAGGGGAUGCAAAAUAAUCAAACAAAUAUGCCCUUGCUGAACAAUAAUUACCAGUUCCAAGGGCAGCAGUUUCCGUUCCAAGUGCCGCCGGUCCCUCCCCGACAAGACCCGGAAACCCAAGAUCCUCCACCUCCUCUAAGCCCAGCUGAAUUAAUACAAAGACACGGAGGAUAUGAGUAUUUAAUCCCGCAGCUGUAUAAGCGACUAUUUGCUGAAUUCAUUGACUUCAUGUUGCUGUUCAUUUUGAAGCUCAUUGUGACCUUUGUUGCGGUUGACAUGUUUGAUAUCAUCGAUCUGGAAAAAUUUGACUUGUACAAAUUCAGUGAGAAUUAUGAUGAUUACCAAUAUGCAAUGGAGUUGACGUCUGAGAUUCUGCUCUUGGAGAUUAUCUACAGGGUACUUGUCUGCAUUUAUGAAGCUUUCUGCCUCAGCAGCAGUACUGGACGCUUGGGAGGAGCUACUCCCGGCAAGGCUCUGCUCGGACUGCGUGUAGUGACCGCAACAGCCGUGAUCGCAGUGGAAGGUAGACCAAAGGAAACCGUUCUUUUAUAUCCUGGACGACCUCUCAACUUCUCAACGGCUCUAGCUCGCUCACUCCUCAAAAACUUCCUGAUCUCUCUUCUCUUUCCCCUCUGUGUGAUUCUGUUUGUCUUUCGAUUCAAUCGUACUGGCUAUGACCUUCUAUGCGGCGUUAUUGUGGUUGAAGAAAACAUGUUCCCGGCAAGACGUCAUGCACCUUGAACGGUUUUGUCAUUCUGUCUGUCUCAAACAUUAUAAUCGUACACGGAUUAACUUAUAUGUCGUAGUAGAUAAAUGUAUAGAGUACCAAUUAUAGACUUCAGUACGAAUUUAGAAACUCCUGCGCUUUUAACGUUUUAAUGGACUUCUGGGCCUACAUAUGAAUUUAAAACUUUUCAAUGGAUAUAAGCAUCUCAGUGUUGUUAGAAAAGUAAGUAGUCUCUGAAUGUUUAGAAAAAGUUAUGUGUGUAGAAUUCAUUCAAUCUGUUCUAUUGUAUCUUGAACAUGAUCAUAAACCUUCAAAGUCCUUGAUGUUGAGAGAAAAUUGCCAACUCUAACCAAAUGAAGUUCUUUAAACUGUUUCCCGAUUUUUUUCUUUACAUACUACGAAACGAACGAAAAUAAACAAUUUUUUAAAAUAAUCUUCUCAAAAUUUCGCAUUUAUAUUAUUAGUGGUAUAGGAUAGUGGCUCUUCAGAAUCAUUAGUGUUUUCGAGUUUUCAUCUUGUGUAGAAAUUAUUUAAUGGAAUGAAUGGUAUUUUUGUAAACAACUAUAUAUAUUCGGUGCGUAGUUUAUACAGCAAGCACCUUAAUUUAAGAUGUUAUACACAUCUCUCAUAGACCACAGGGCUUUGUCUUGAAUUUCUGGUAAUAAUUAGGCUAAGCUUCUUCGAGUUAUGAAUAUGCUCAUAUUCCUCUUACUGCAAAAAAGACUGCUGGCUACACGAUAUUUUUUUAAUGGCUAAAUCUAUCCAUAAUAUUUUAAUUUUGAAAAAUGGAAUAAUAUUGAAUGGGGUUGCUAGAUCAUUAAGCAAAAUCGCCAAAAUGAUACUGUUCUGAUAUCACUGAUAUUUAAAAAUCUCUACAUAUUAUGAGAGACAUAUUGUGUUUAUGCAAAAUAAAAAACCCUUGUAUAUCAUUCCUUCAUAAGUAAAUCUUGAUAAUGUAUGUUCAUUGCAGCAUCAUCUAUAUUCUAAGUACAUUAUAGUAGAAAAUAUCUACAAUUUCCAUAUGUAAUGAAUUUAUAUAUAAAGACAAUAUAGCUAAAAAUAUUGUAAUUUCUUAAUGUUAUUGAACAUGCGUUUAUCUCGGUGUUGUGAGUAAAACAUUUGCUUUGACAAGUCUAUAAGUGUAGUCAAAGCAUUAUGAUCUAUAAACAUUAGUGUUUAUAGAUACUUUUUUCAAUAAACGUAAUGUUAUGUAUUUAAAGCCAAAGAAUAUCUAUUUAACUGCUUGCCUCCUUCGUAACAUUAACAGCAAAUAUGUAAUUUAAGUGGCCGUUUAUUUGGUGCCAUUAAAGUAACAGUGGUACAAUUUGUAGUUGAUUUUAAUGUCAUAAAAACAAUGAAAAAAAGUAACAAGAUUCAAUUACCCGCCAAUUUGUAUGGCAAAUAUCAUAGGAAAUGUUUGUAAUUUGUAUUAAAAUGUUUACUGCUAUAAAAUAGGAACGAAAAAAAUAUCAUCUAUUUUCAUAAUCAACUACUUGUGUAAUUUUAUUAUGACUAUGUUUUUAUUGUUAAAAUAUGUGUUGUAUACAUUGUGAUAUUGAUUUCAGUUUUUAUUUUGU